GCGCGCGCGGUCCGAAGGCGGCGGGCGGCUCGCUGAGGGCCGGGCCGGCGGAGCGCGGUUUUACCGCUUCCAAGCGAGCUGAGCAUCACAGCCUGAACAUAUUGUGAACAGCGAAAUGUCCUCAAAGAAGAAAAUAAAGAAGAACCAUACCAGCUACAAGCUAGAGGACAACAAAGCUGGCUCCAAUCUUCAGUGGAAAUCACUUCCGCUUGAGGAACCAGAUGUUUCAAGGAUAUUGAAGGUAGCAGAAAGAAAUCAACUUGAGGAGCUGGAUGAUUCUUUCGAUCACCCUUUGCACAGUACUGCUGUGGAUGCUUAUGGAGAGGAACAUUCACAAAACGAGGCACUCAGUCAUGUUUCAGCACCACAAGGGCAAAAUACAGACAGACGGUCUGGUGGAAAAAAAAAAAACUUUAAAAAACCACGUCACUCAAAGCCCUCCAAUGGUGAUGUUCAGAAAUUCAACACAGCUGGUGCUGAAGAGGAACCCCUUAAGGAGACUGUGAAAACUCUGAAUACUACUCAAUUCAAGGCAAAAAAGAAGCAGUCUUCAGAUGAGAGCACAUCAGAUUAUUCUGUGGAUAGCCCACAUUCUGUACAGAUUUGGUGUCCCAAAGAUCUGAAGAGAUCUCCUAGAGAUAUUACAGAACUGGAUAUUCUUCUGGCUGAAGUUGAGAAGAUAGCAGAAAAUUACAGACAAAGCAUAGAAUCAGACAUUUGCAGAAAGGCUAUCAGUGACUUUUCUUCUGCUUUCAAGGAUCAAAUCACUGAUCUUAUAGCAGGAGUCCAGGAAUUAAAGAAUAUGAAGAAAAAAAAUGCUAAGGCAAUAACAAACAUCAAAAAGAAAAGCCAGCAACUGAUGCAAGUCAGAGAAGAGCUAAUUGGAGCUGAACCACAACUGACACAACUACAAAGAGAAUAUGCUGAGUUACAGGAAAGGAAAUCUUCCUUGAGGCAAACAGUUGAAUUAAUUACUGAUUUAAAGGAGCUACAGCAAGACUGUUUGGAUUAUAGAGAAGAAAACCCAAAAGAAAAAGUGGUAUAUGGAACUUUCAGCCUCCCUGCUCUUCUGGUGGAAUCUCGGAGAAUUCUAGGAGCAGAAAGGCACUUAGAGAAUAUCAAUAUGAAACUGGAAGGGGCUCUGGCUUUACAAAAACAGCAGAAAUCAAAGAAAAAUUAAGUGUCUUUUUAAGACUUUCAGACAUUUAGUAGUCACAGUUAUUAGAAUUGUCAGUGCUUAAAGCUUGUUUAAUCAUUGUUACUCUAUUUUGUUUCAGUGUUUAAAAGAAGUCAGCAACUUAGAGAUUGUAUCUUUUUAUAGUCCAAUAUCAAAGAAAUGAAAUAGUGAUCACAGUUAAUAAAACUUUUCUGUACUCUGA